AUGUUUCCGUCCGCCAUGACUGUGAGCACACCUGAUGCGUCUACCAGUGGAGCUUCCCUGUUGGCGACCCAUACGACCGUCUUCUCCGGGAUGCUGUUGUACCAAAUCCCUAUGUACCUGUUCUCAGUGGAGUUCCCGGGGGAGAAGAAGCCUAGAGCGAAGAUCCCUCCCGAGGAAGUUAUGGUUUGGUUAACGAAGAUUCGAUUGUCAGGAUGUAGUCUGUUGUCUGCAACGCAGAAUACCCAGUAA